AUGGCGGACGUUGAACAAAAGCAGCGCAAAUCCGUUGCAUUCAGUGAAGGUUCAGUUAUCAUGGACACCAACGGCCAAGUUACAGAGGCUCCUCCGGCCGACCAGCCCGCUGACAAGGAAGUCGACGAGGUGACCGACAUGUUCAAGGGUCUGGCUAAGAAGAAGAAGUCCAAGAAGUCUAAGGAUGCCGAUGCCGAUGCCGAUGCCGAGGAAGCCCCCGCCGGCGACGCCGAGUUCGACCCCUCCGUCCUGAAGAAGAAGAAGAAGUCCUCCAAGUCCAAGAAGCUCGACACUGGUGACUUCGAGGCUAAGCUCGCCGAGGCUGGUGUCUCCGAAGACGUUGGCGAGGAGACCGUCGAGGAUGUCAUCCCCGAGGGUGACCUCGAGGCCGGCACUGGUAUCUGGUCCCACGAUGCCACUCAAACCAUCCCCUACUCCCUUCUCGUCUCCCGGUUCUUCUCCCUCAUCCAGAGCCACCACCCCGAUCUCCUGUCCAGCGGAUCCAAGUCCUACAAGAUUCCUCCUCCCCAGUGCUUGCGUGAGGGUAACCGUCGUACCGUUUUCGCCAACAUUGCCGAUAUCUGCAAGCGCAUGAAGCGUUCCGACGACCACGUCAUGCAAUUCUUGUUCGCUGAGUUGGGUACUAGCGGCAGUGUCGACGGUAGCCGUCGUCUCGUCAUUAAGGGUCGUUUCGUCCAGAGACAAAUUGAGUCCGUCUUGAGGUCAUAUAUCGUGGAGUAUGUCACAUGCAAGACCUGCCGCAGCCCUGACACCGAACUCAACAAGGGUGAGAACCGUCUUUACUUCAUUACUUGCAACUCCUGUGGUUCUCGUCGUUCCGUCGCCGCUAUCAAGACUGGUUUCCGUGGACAAGUCGGUCGCCGCAAGCGUACUGGUUAA